GGUUUAAUUGGGUCAAUUUCAAGUACCCCAUACCACAUAUAAAUACGCAACACAAACCGGUUGACCAUAUUGUAAGGUUAAUCUCGAAAAGCACUCCUUACAAUCAAACAUUCGCACCAUGUCUCCCAUCCAAGACUUUUACUCUCAGCAGACGAUUUUUCUAACCGGAGCCUCCGGUUUUCUUGGCAAACUCAUCAUCGAAAAAAUACUCCGGACAUGUCCCGACAUCCAAAAAUUCUACAUCCUGCUCCGGCCCAAGCACGACCGAGCUUUGGAGCAGCGCUUCAACGACAUCUUCUCAAACAGCUGUUUUGAGCCACUGAAGGCGGAGAAUAAAGACUUUGCGAAGAAAAUCCACAUUCUGAGUGGUGACUGCAGCCAGCCAAUGCUGGGGAUGAGUCCGGAGGCGCAGGCCAUCGUCAAGCGGGAAGUAACGUGUGUUAUCCACGCUGCUGCAAAUGUUCGGUUCGAUGUUGACCUCAAAACGGCCGUUUUUACCAACGUGAGGUCGGUGAGAGACCUCAUGGAUAUGAUGAAGGAGAUGGAAAAUUUGCGAGCUUUCGUUUAUGUGUCGACAGCGUUUUCGCAUUGUCAUAGGGAUAAGAUCGACGAGGUGUUUUACGACGUGGAUGUUAAGCCGGAAAAAUUGCUACAGAUUAUGGAAGUUAUGGACGAUCGAACUUUGGAAGUUGUUACGCCGCACCUCUUGGGUGAGUGGCCCAACACCUACGUUUACACGAAAGCAGUAGCAGAAGAAUUAAUUCGAUCCUACAAACAAGUACUUCCAGUGGCAAUCGUACGUCCUGCCGUUGUUAUCUCCACAUGUGAUGACCCUCUCCCUGGCUGGAUUAACAAUUUUCAAGGCGUGGUUGGGGUAGUAGUUGGGGUAUGUUUGGGUGUCUUGAGGACUCUUCACUUGAAUAAAAACCUUCCUGCUAGAGUGGUUCCUGCUGAUUACGUCGUCAAUAACAUCCUAGCAGCGGCCUGGAAUGUAGAACAAACAAAAAACAAAGAGUAAACAUUUUUGAAUUUGUUUUCAUGGUAUUGUGGCUAACGUACUAUACAGAGUGGAAUUUUUAACUGGAAUAUACUUUAUAACUUUGAUUAAGGUGAUUUUGGUGGAAAUUCCCAAAACUGGUCAAUUUUUAUUUUUCCUUGCCUACUAUUUGGUGCAUAUGGUUUUUGUUUAUCUGUGGUCAAAAAUGCACAGCCACCUCUAACUUUUUUUUUCAAAUGUAAUGGUAAGUCAAGUGACACCUCGUAUGAAAGCUCUUUUCGCAAGCAACACAACGCACUAUUUGUUUUUUUAAUUUUUUCAAAGCCUACGUGAUAAAAAAAUAAAAACCAAUUUUAUAAGUUGAACAUUAUUUAAUGCAACAAUUGUUCAAAAUGGCCUAAUUUCAACUUAUAAAAAUUGGUUUUCAUUUUUUUAUCGGGUAGGCUUUAGAAAUAUUUAAAAAAACAAAGAGUGCGUUGUAUUCCCUGCAAAGUGAUCUUUCACAUAAGGUGACACUUGACAUACCGUUACAUUUGAAAAAAAAGUUAGAGGUGGCUCUACAGUUUUGACAGCAGAUAAAUAAAAAUCAUAUCCAGCAAAUGAUUGUCAAGAAAAAACAAAAAGCGACCUGUUUCUGAAAUUUUUACAUUGCCUAUGUCCAAAUUAUGAAUUUUAUUCCAGUUAAAAAUUCCACACUGUUAAUGCGACUUGAAAUUUAUCUUUUUUUAUAUAAUAAACUAGCUAUUGAGCUUUACAAUAGUUUACAAAUUUGUUUAAUUGACUUGAGGUAAGAGCAACAUCCUGUUGUAAAGAAAUUAUUUUAUUUCAUGUUUUUCUUUAAAACUUCCUUUUCAUUUUUUUAUUUAAACACUCAUUUGAACGGCUUCUCUUCAAAUGUGGACGACCAUUCCCCAAAGAGUUCAAUCUUAAUUCACGCUGAAUUAGGGUCGAUGUCGAGACAGGGCCAGAGGCGAGUAUUAGAUAUAUACCGUGAGGAUGACAAAAACAACACCCAAAAGAACUUUAAUUGAUCAACUUUUAGUUAUUUCAAAGAUUAGACUUGAAAGCUUUUUUCUGAAAUCACCACUAGUAGCAGAAUUCUUUUUGCAAUUAUGUCUUGUAAAAUGAUAUCUUUUUUUUCUGAGGAUUUUGUAAAUAUUUACAACAGUUUUUUUAAGAUUGUUUUUUUUCAUUUUUUUAAAUUUAUUAGUAGGAAAAAUUUUUCAUUUUUUUAACACAACGAAGUAAGUAUUUAAUCUUAAUCUUAAUCUAUUACAUUUUUUAUACUUUAUUACUUUUCUAUAGAAGAACGAAAAAUCUAUUUUUUUUAAAUUGUCAGUGUCAAUAGUUAUUUUCGUUUUUGUCAUCCACCGAAUGCUCCUAACUUUGGCCACAACAGCGGCACGAAAUCGACCGAACCAUCCUCCGGGAUAAUUUACUGGAAUUGGUAUUAUUAAAUUUUAUGGAGCGGAUGCACAAUUUAUCUAAAAUAUUUUUGUAUUGAUGCAGUUGUAAAUAAAAGUAUACUUAGUAAAUGCAUCUACCUUGUAAGAUAGCGCUUUUCAUGUGGAAAGAGAGAACGAAACUUUUGAAUCAUUCAUUGUUCAGCUAAUCUCCGAAAGUCCCUUAAAUAAUAAAACCGCGCCGUUUUUUCACAAGCCCUUAAUCUGUGUAUUAAAAAACGCCAAAUCCCCUCUCUUGACUCUACGAGAAUCCUGCCAGGAUGUGUAAGGAUUUUAAUAUUUGGCAAGAUGUGUUCUUGUGUGAUAACGUAACUAUUUUAAGUAAACGAUUUCAUGUAUUUUUAUAUCAUUUAAUUGUUCUAAAAAUGUAUAUAAUGUAUAAAUAAUGUUGGCUGCGACGAAAAUGACCAAAUUUUGCUAUUAUAUAGCAUCACUAUUAUAGCUGUCUACUUGUAUAACCUUGAAUCUAAUGUUGUUAACUUUUAUUAUACUCUAUGUACUUCGACACUAACGCGUGAUUUAAGUACAGAUGACUAACUUACAGUUGAAUCACGUGGUGGUGCAGUUUUUCUAAAGUUGAGUUACUCGUUACUUUAGUAACAUAUAAAUACACCUAUUGUAUGUUAAACAAGACGAUGUUUUUAUAAUGUGAACAUUUUUAUGCUUUUAAAUAAGAAAAAACGUAAAUAUAUUUAUGCCACUGUGAAUACUUGGACUAAUUGUUGUAUGUAGUUGUUACUCUAAUGUGUUACUGUUUUGUAUUUUUAUUAUCAGAUUUAUUUCUACUUCAUUAAAUAAAGCGGAAUUAUUA